CUGUGAAAAGUUUGUGAAAGUAGCCUGACGUCACACUCCCACAAUGCUCGCGCGCCCCAUAACUCUGCUGCUGCAGCCUGAGGAGCGCGAGACACUCAGGCCCCGAAAAAAGAAAAAUUAGAGAAAAAAAUUGGAAAAAAUAAUAAAACAACAGAUCAAGAGGAGAAAGACCGGGAACGGUGGCGUGGGGCUCCCACGGGUGAAGAUGAUGAUGAGCACUAUUGUCACCUACUUGUCCCCAGUCAUGGCAGGUGGGACUGGAUGAGGGUGUGAAGGUAAACAAAAAAGACUGAAAAAGCACUUACAAUUCUUUUGGGAGACAAGUUUUCAGCACAUAAAAAGGGUAGCAGACAAUUUAAGAGCCUGCAUCCCUGAAAAUACCACCGCAAUAUCGAACCAGAGCCUGGAAGGCAGGGCAGCCACGGCCGAGUUUCAAUGGCAACGGCACCCUAGGGCUGCCAUGGCAGCAGCUGCCGCCGAUGCCCCGAACCACAUUGCCACACUGACGCUGGAGGACGAAGAUCGACGAGGCGCCACCAAAGUGUUUGGAGGUCCCGCUGCAGGGAGGACGGAAAGAGAGACAGAGAGCGAGAGAGAGAGGGAGAGGGAAGGGAGAGGCAGUGGGAACGAGUGUUUGGUGUGCGGUGCCCUCUUCAGCUCACAGGAUAAGCUCCGGCUUCACGCGUUCUGUCACGCAGGAGAGAAACCUUUCCACUGUUCCCAGCCCCAUUGUCUUAAGGCUUUCAGCUCCAAAUAUAAGCUCUUUAGGCAUAUGGCCACACACUCCCCACAGAAGACUCACCAGUGCUCAUUUUGUGAAAAGAUGUUUCACCGCAAAGAUCACCUGAAAAACCACCUGCAGACUCACGAUCCCAACAAAGAGGCCUUUAAGUGCGAGGAGUGUGGCAAACACUAUAACACAAAGCUGGGCUACAAGCGUCACAUGGCUAUGCACUCAGCUACAGCUGGUGAUCUUACCUGUAAGGUGUGCUUGCAAAGCUACGAGAGCACACCUGCACUCUUGGAGCACCUCAAGAGCCACUCAGGCAAGUCUUCGGGUGGUGCCAAGGAGAAGAAACACCCCUGUGACCACUGUGAUCGUCGAUUUUACACACGUAAAGAUGUUCGCCGACACAUGGUUGUACACACGGGACGCAAAGACUUCCUGUGCCAGUACUGUGCCCAACGUUUUGGGCGGAAGGACCAUCUGACGCGACACGUCAAGAAGAGUCACUCGCAGGAGCUGCUGAAGAUCAAGACGGAACCUCCGGAUAUGUUGGGUUUACUUGGGUCUGGUUCUCCACCUUGUGCUGUGAAAGAAGAAAUAAGCCCUAUGAUGUGUAGCAUGGGACCUACCAAGGACUCGAUGAUGGCAAAGCCUUUCCACGGUGCCACCCCUUUUCCCAUGGGCAUGUACAACCCUCAUCAUCUCCAGGCCAUGUCCAAUCCAGGUGUGGGCCACCAUCACUCAUUGGUUCCAGGGACUUUAUCCACUGCCAUGGGAAUGGGCUGCCACAUGGAACCUCCGUCAUCACUGCACCACCAUCACCCACAUCAUCAUCACCAUCACCACCCUCACCAUCACCACCACUCCCCAUCUUCACAUCAGCAGCAGCCUUCCCUGCAGAACCAGCAACAGCAGCACCCUCAGCCACCGCCCAAGUACCAGCUCGGAUCUACCUCAUACUUGCUGGAGAAGCCCCUGAAGGUGGAGAUGGAGAGUUUCCUGAUGGAUCUUCAGAGUGGACUCCCAGUUCCUCCGCCACCCUCAGCUUCGCCCAAUAAGGAGGGUUUGGAACCUCCGGUGGGAUUGUCGGAUGACCUUUGCGGGGACCCCCUCAUGUCCAAGAGCCCCGCUGUCAUUGCUGAGUCUUUGUGUGCUGCUAACAUGGACUUUUCUCAUCUGCUGGGCUUUAUUCCACUAAAUCUGCCACCCUAUAGCACCCCCAUGAGUUCAGGAGGACUGGUAAUGGGUUACUCCACCACCUCCACAGUUUCUUCUUCUUCCUCCUCGUCGUCAGCAUCUUCGCAUGCUGUCGAACCACACGCUGCCUCGGCCACAGGUGCAGUGCCUCUUACCUCUUUGCAACCUCAACCUCAGGAGCAACCAGGCUCCGGUGGGGGGCUCGGUCUUGGGCCUCUGCACCCACUCCCACCAGUGUUCAGCUCUAGCCUCAGUACGACCACUCUGCCUCGCUUUCACCAGGCCUUUCAAUGAGGUCCCCACACCAGCCUGGCCAGUCACAAGGGCUCAGGGCAGAGGAGCAUUAGUGCUCCCCAUUGGGGUAUGGAAAUAGAACACUUGAACACAUAGAAGCCUUAACAAAAGCGCACAACAGCUUUUUAAUGAGCCUGGAGGAAAACAAGCAUAUGGAAUAUCAUGGAGCUUUUAUUUAGGCUGUCUGGAUUUUAGCUAUGAUUUUUAAAUACCCUAUUGAACCUCUCCCACCAUCCUCUGUCCUACAAUUUCGUAGUUAGACAGCAGCAUCAGUAGGCCUUAAGGCAUGGUACUGCAUACUUUAUAAAGUAAUAAUAUUAGUAGAAAAAAGAAAAAGAUUAAUGUAGAAAAGUUAAUCUGUCUUUGAGACUCUGAAAGACUAGUUUGAAGUGAAAUAUAAAUUUUGUUUUCUUUUCCAAAUGUGAGACCUGACUCAAAGUCAGGUAAUAGUUGCUUGCCCUUAAACUUAAACCGUCUUCUUGGCCAGGAGUGGAAGAAUUAGUGAAGGAACGAAGGAGUGAAGUUGGUUAUUCCAAAUUAUUUUUUUUAUUCCGCAGAUUUAAGAUUCAACAAGACUCAAACAAGUAAUUAUCAUCACAUCUAAAUUUCAAAAGCAGUUUAAAAAAAUAAUACUGUGUAAGUGAUUAGGUGAAAAUAUCAUUUAAAAAAUGUGUUCUUCCAGCUUUUUUUAAUGUGUGUUAAUACAAAUAUUGGAAUGGUCAGUAAGUAGUUUUUAUGUGAAAGAACAUAGGGACUGAAAAUAGAAAGGCAAAGAGGGUAAAAAACUGCACAAUUUGUUCACUUGGUACAAUGUGACCACUGACAGAACUAAAGCAAAAUAAUUUUUACGUUAAAUUCUUACAGGUUUACAAUUUUUCUCAAAAGAAGCACUUUGUUUACAGCAGAAGGCACUUGACCUCUUUGGGUUGCCAACGUGACCCACUGAAAUCCCCUCCCUUUCCCCAUUCAACCUCCACGCUUCCUGAAAAGAGACACAUUAGACACACACACACACAAGGUUCAAACAACCAUCAAUACUCAACAGCCAUUUGAAUCUCAAAAUGGUUUUCCUCCUUCCAGCACUAAUUUGAAGUCUCCGUGGCGCAACAGUAUCUCACUUCUAGAUCCUGACCUCCCGAUCAUAUAUAUAUUUUAAAAAUUAAAGUAUUUUAGGCAGGUUUUUAUUUUAGAGAGAGACAUACAUUAUGAUAACCCUGGUAUAUGUGAAUGGAAAAAAAGACAAAACAAAAACAAGAAUAUUUUUUUGCAGUGUACGAAGUACCACAUCUGAAAAAAAUAUAUUAUAAUUGCUUCUUUUUCAGUAUGUUUUGUAAUUUAGAUAGUUGUAUUAAAAAUUGCUGAUGGAUUUUUAAAAAAAAAUGUCUAGCAGGUUUACAUAAUUAUGUAUCUUGCAUCAUAUUGAACAAAAUGGAUGAAGUAUUAGCGUUUCCCUAUAGCUUUUCCUGUUCCUUGUUUUUCCAUGUGAGUCAAAGGAGAUGAAUAAGGUGGGAUUUUACCUGCAUAUAAUAGACUAAUAGUGGCAUAAUCCAGUAGAAUGGACUAGUCUUUAAUCUUUAGAGCAUGUACUAGAGGCCCAUAAUGUGAUCCAGGUUUCAGUUUGCGUUUUUUAUUCUCAGUAUUCGAUCAGACCCGGCUGAUGCUGUCUAUUGGUGUGUUUGGUUGUACAGUUUUUAACCUCCGUAAUAAUUUGCACCAUCACACUGGAAUGUCUGAAACCACAAUUCCAGUUGCUGUAGGUUCAUUUGAAUAUUACAAAAACAGGACUUCAGAGGGGUUUUGUCAUAUAAUCUCUUCUAAGUUGCCAUUUCCCAGCAAGUGGACUGCACAAGUUCUUACCAAAUAAUCAUUCAUUACCAAUGGCCAUGUGUAUAAAGAAACAGAUGAUCAACGUACCAGCAGUGAAAGCAGUGCCUGAUACAAACAGAUGUAUUUCUCUCUCUAUUCACCUCAUCCCUUUGGGUAAAUCUUUUCUGUGUCCACAUCUGUGUUUGUAGUGAAUGUGAAUCUCUCACAAGCAGGAAAGACAGUAGAAAGGUAAAAGGCGAAACUAAGACAAAACAAUAUUAUGCUGCUCUGGAAACAUUUGAAACUGCAAAUGAUCGUUUAGCCGAAAACAUGCACAGUAGUACACGUGAACUGUUUGUCCGUUUUCUCCGUUUUUUUCAGCUGCUUUGAUUCGAAUGAACAUUUUAUGAAAAGGGUCUGAAAAGAGACGCAAAGAAGUCACCAGCCUGGUCUUUGACAUUCAAAGCAUGGGACAUUUGAUUGGGAUAUUGCCUAGUCGUUUUGUCAUUAUAUUAUUUUCUGUUUGUUGAAACAGGACCUCAAAACAGCACAACGCAUCACCUCAUUUAUUUGUUUUUCAUACCAAAAACCUGGGGAGAAGAAACUUGUUUUUGCACAACUGACAUAAAAGAGUAAUUGAGUACGUUUUUAUACUGUAAAAAUUAUUUCUUGAAAUAAUUGUUUCAUAACAAAGCCAAAAAUAUUAAGUUG